AUGAAGCCGAGGGGGGAGAAGCAGGUCCGAGGAGGGAGAGGAGCAGGCCGAGGAGGGAGAGGAGCAGGCCGAGUGAGAGGGAGGAGCAGGCGGAAGGAGGAGAGAGAGGAGCUGGCCGAGGAGGGAGAGGAGCAGGCCGAGGAGGGAGAGGAGCAGGCAGAGAGAGGAGGAGCAGGCCGAGUGAGGGAGAGGGAGCAGAGGCAGAGGCGAGAGAGGAGCAAAGGCCAGAGGAGGGAGAUGAGAGGCCGCCGGUCCGAGGAGGGAGAGAAGUGA